AUGUCUCACUCUACCGUUCACGUUUCUGGCAUCUCGUCAACAACCUCCGAGAAGGAGGUUCGCGACUUCUUCAGCUUCUGUGGAAAGAUUGUUACCCUCUCCAUCACCCCGGUCUCUGGGGAAGCCGACGCUCAAAAGUCCGCCACUGUGACCUUUGAAAAGGAAGCCGCUGCCAAGACCGCCCUUCUCCUCGACCAGACCCAACUCGGCACUUCUGCCGUGCACGUCGAAGCAGCCCACAACAUCGAAGACCUAGCCGGAGCCCAAGCCACCGGCGCCGGCAGCGAGACCAAGGAUGAAGAGCACCACAUCGCACAAGAAGACAAGCCCCGAUCCCGCAUCGUCGCAGAGUACCUGGCACACGGGUACGUUGUGAGCGACAAUGCGAUCGAGAAGGCGAUCGCCUUGGACCAGAAGCACGGAGUCUCGAGCCGCUUCACCUCGGCCCUCACAAACUUCGAUAAGAAGUACAAUGCCACCGAGCGCGCUAGGGGUAUCGAUGAUAGCUACAAGAUCUCCACCAAGGCGGCUACUGGCUGGCGCGGCCUGAGCUCGUACUUCGAGAAGGCUCUGGAGCACCCCUCCGGCCAGAAGCUGCGUGACUUUUAUGUGCAGACCGAUAAGCAGGUGCGCGAUAUUCACGCUGAGGCUCGUCGCCUGGCGGACCUGAAGCAGGGUAAGACUGGUGAGGCUGAGGCUGCUGCCCCUGUCCCUGCCUCUGCUGCUGCUGCUACUGCUGCUCCUGGCAUUACUGCCCCUGCUGCGCCCGUUGCUGUUCCUGCUCAGACGGAGGCUGCUGCCGCGCCCGUUGAGAAGUCUUAA